AGGUUAUUAUCAGGAGGUGAGACUAGAAGGUAACUUCUGCAGUAAGCAUGGGGCAUCCUCUUCACUGCACAAGAAAUCAUGGAACAGUCUAUAUCCUAUGGCUUCUAGGAACUGUAGUUGAAUAUAUGCAGAGCCAUCAGGCAGGACAACCACAUUCCAUUAAACUAGAUGGUGAUAUUACUCUGGGAGGGCUGUUCCCUGUUCAUGCCAAAGGACCAAUGGGUGUCUCUUGUGGAGAACUGAAGAAGGAGAAAGGUGUUCAUCGUCUGGAAGCUAUGUUGUAUGCUUUGGACCAAAUCAAUAGUGACACAGAUCUACUCCCUAAUAUUACUCUGGGUGCUCGAAUCUUAGACACAUGUUCUAGGGACACUUAUGCUUUGGAGCAGUCACUCACAUUUGUCCAGGCUCUUAUCCAAAAAGAUAUGACAGAUGUUCGUUGCUCUAAUGGGGAAAUACCCACCAUUAACAAACCAGAGAGGGUGGUGGGUGUCAUUGGUGCCUCCUCAAGCUCUGUGUCCAUCAUGGUGGCUAACGUUCUCAGACUGUUUGCAAUCCCACAGAUCAGCUAUGCUUCCACUGCUCCAGAGCUCAGUGACAAUAACCGCUAUGAUUUCUUUUCCCGGGUGGUCCCCCCAGACUCGUACCAAGCACAGGCUAUGGUGGAUAUUGUGAAGGCUCUUGGAUGGAACUAUGUUUCUACACUUGCCUCAGAGGGCAACUAUGGCGAGAGUGGUGUAGAAGCAUUUAUGCAGAUAUCACGGGAGGCUGGAGGAGUGUGUAUUGCACAAUCAGUGAAAAUUCCAAGAGAGCCCAAACCAGGAUUCUUUGACAAAACCAUCCAGAGAUUAAUGGAAACCUCUAAUGCUCGAGGAAUCAUAAUAUUUGCCAAUGAAGAUGACAUCAAACGAGUUCUUGAGGCAGCCAAAAGGGCCAAUCAGACGGGUCACUUUCUCUGGGUAGGGUCAGACAGCUGGGGAUCAAAGAUAUCACCAGUACUGAACCAAGAGGAUGUAGCUGAAGGAGCGGUCACCAUCCUGCCAAAAAGGGCAUCAAUUGAUGGUUUUGACCGCUACUUUACCAGUCGAUCUCUGGAAAAUAACAGGAGGAACAUCUGGUUUGCAGAGUUCUGGGAAGAUGAUUUUCAAUGUAAACUGACUCACAGUGGCACAUCAGAAGGGGAGCAAACUAGAAAGUGCACUGGUGAGGAGCGUAUUGGCAUAGACUCAGCAUAUGAGCAGGAAGGAAAGGUACAGUUUGUGAUAGAUGCAGUCUACGCUAUGGCCAAUGCCUUGCAUAGCAUGCACAUGGACCUGUGUCCAGGCUUCAUUGGUGUAUGUGACAAGAUGGAUCCAAUUGAUGGAAAGCUACUACUUCAGUACAUAAGAUCUGUGAACUUUAAUGGUAGUGCUGGAACCCCUGUGAUGUUUAAUGAAAAUGGUGAUGCCCCAGGACGGUAUGACAUCUUUCAAUACCAGAUGACUAAUACCACAUCAGCUGGUUAUAAGGUGAUUGGCCAAUGGACAGACCAACUACGGCUCAAUAUGGAGGAGAUGCAGUGGUAUGAAGGAGAACAAGAGAUACCUUCCUCAGUCUGCAGUCUUCCCUGUAACCCAGGUGAAAGGAAGAAGAGGGUGAAAGGUGUACCAUGCUGUUGGCUGUGUGAGCUAUGUGAUGGCUAUCAAUACCAGCUGGAUGAAUUUAACUGUGAGCUUUGCCCCUUUGAUAUGAGGCCUACUGAAAAUCGCACAUCCUGUCGUCCAAUCCCUAUCAUUAAGCUAGAAUGGCAGUCACCAUGGGCAAUUUUACCUAUCUUUCUUGCCAUGUUGGGUAUCCUGGCAACUACUUUUGUAAUUACAACCUUCAUGCGUUACAAUGACACACCUAUUGUUCGUGCUUCAGGGCGUGAACUCAGUUAUGUCCUCCUCACUGGAAUAUUUCUGAUUUAUGCAAUUACUCCUCUAAUGAUUGCCGAACCAGGUGUAGUGGUGUGUGCUUUUCGUAGAAUUUUUUUAGGCCUUGGAAUGUGCAUUAGCUAUGCUGCAUUGCUGACCAAAACAAAUCGCAUUUAUCGCAUCUUUGAGCAAGGCAAAAAAUCAGUGACACCGCCAAAAUUCAUCAGUCCUACCUCCCAGCUGGUAAUCACAUUUAGCUUGAUUGCAGCCCAGUUUGUUGCUGUUAUUAUCUGGUUGGGUGUGGCCCCACCACAUACUCAUAUAGACUAUGAAGAGCAGAGGACAACAAACGCUGAGUUUGCUCGUGGGAUACUCAAAUGUGACAUGUCAGACUUAUCACUCAUCUGCUGCCUGAGCUACAGCAUUGUUUUGAUGGUGACAUGCACCAUUUAUGCCAUCAAAAGCCGAGGUGUGCCAGAAAACUUUAAUGAGGCCAAGCCAAUUGGAUUUACUAUGUACACAACCUGCAUCAUCUGGUUGGCAUUUGUUCCAAUCUUUUUUGGAACAGCACAGUCAGCUGACAAGAUGUUUAUCCAAACCGCAACAUUGACCGUGUCUAUGAGUCUCAGUGCAUCAGUGUCCCUGGGCAUGCUGUAUGUUCCUAAGGUCUAUGUUAUCAUCUUUCACCCAGAACAGAAUGUACAAAAGCGGAAGAGAAGCUUUAAAGCAGUGGCCACUGCUGCCACCAUGUCCACCCGCCUGUCACAGAAGCUCAGUGACAAGCAGAAUGGUGACACAAGGGCUGAGGAGAAGAAGGUGGACAAUCCACUCACAAUGAGUUAUAUCAAUUAUAGCAACUUGGGAUUUAUAAACUGAACAUGACUACAGUCCCCACAGGGCAUAAACAUAAAAAAGAAGCAGAACUUAACUGGAAAACUCAAGCCUCACAAUAAACUCAAAAAAAGAAUUGAAAGAAGAGAUAAAUGAAGCAUAACUGCUUAUCUUUGGAUGGGCUUUAAAAAAUGUUGAGUGAUGUGAUGUACUCUGAAGCUGUGGAACAGUGUGGCAGGGCUCUCUGGCCGUGAUACUGGUGCUCACGAACAAUGCAGAUUAUCCUGCAGGUUUUGGCCUUACUGUCUUUUUACAGUAUCUCAUCAUUACUUCUACGCUUGGAAACGUAACAAUUAUUUAAAAAUCCUGAUUGGUUCGAUGAACAUCUUGCUCUAGGAUACAAAAGUACUACACGUGCGGAAAUCAGACGAGGAUCAUAACAUUAUUUUAGUUAAUUAAUUUACUAAAGUAUGGAUUGAACAGAAUGUAGCUGAAAAACUGGGCUUUCUUUUAGUUAAGUUAUAUUUUGGUAACCUUUGUUGCACGCUGUAAAUCAUUAAGAGAUGGGUUCAAGAAUGUGCAUCUCAUAAUUUAGUUUAGCAAUGAUUUGUGGAACACUAGCAGUCCUUGAAGUUUAUCUCAGACUUUUUAUAUUCUGGAGUUUUCCUUCUGAAACAGUCAUGACUAUGAGUAAUAACAAUAAGCCUUCAUUUUAUGAAAAAGAAAAAAAAUGGCAAGUGUGCACCCAUGUAUAACAGCAUAUAGUUUAUGGAUGUGUUUAUUUCUUCAUUUAUGUUUCUACAGGAUUUCAUUUUAGAUUUCAUGCUUUGUUUACUUAGAGUUUGUAUAAUGUCUGGCACGUUAAUAUUACUACAGUAGUUUUCUAUGAAAUAUAUUAAUGAUGUAUAAUAAGCAAAUAGAAGCGAAUAAUACAUGAUGCAUUAUUUAGCAAUGAGAUAAAAUGGUAGUGGUCGAUAAUGGAAACCUUUUGCACCUUUUAUAUUAUGUAGUAUAAAAAUGAACUGCAAUUGUCUCCAACAAAAUAAAUUGGACAUGUGCCACA